CCUGGUCUUGAUACGAGGCUGUCUGUACCAGACACACGCGUCUGAGCUGCUUACAUGACAAUUUUCCAAAUCUUGGUGUAUUACCACUAUUUCCUAGAUCCCCCCCUUCGCUGAGGCGUGCUUGUGACGCUAUUUCCUUUUUGCCGCCACCCCCACAGCAUCUUCUGCUCGUGCAUGCAGCUCCCGCAACCAUUCGAUGACCUCUCAUGUAAACGGUAGCCUAGAGCCCACCGGGGCCCUCCGAGAUGACCGCUGUAUACUGAGUAAUGAUCCGAAAGAAUAGACCUGUUUUCCAUGCCACACUCCUCGACUCUCUCCUAGUCUGCUGCCAUGUCGGCUCGGAGCCGCUAUCGAUCCUCGACGUCUGCGUCUGCUAACUCGCCCGCAUCGAAAGCGACCGAAGUCCUCCAGCGGCUCUUCGACAAUAUUUCUGCCUCCCUGACCUCUCUCGUUGGAACCGGCUAUCCAGAUCCCCAACGACUGGUCGACCAAAUCGGGCUGGUCAAACAACACCUUUCUGCUGUAACCCCGCCGAGUUCUGUGCAGGAUGAUUUCAGACACCUCCAUGGCUUCCAGCGAUUGUUCGAGGUACUACGGUCCUUCUCCGGUUUCUAUAACCCGCAGAAGCGCCACGAUGCCGAGAAAGACGCCCUCUUCAAACUGUUGGACGUAGUAUUGGGCACGCUGGGAGCGGCGUUCAGCCAGCAUCCCGGUAAUCGACGCUACUUUCGCACGCGAGUCGAAGGUGGUGGGUGGGAUGCUUUUGAGCAGAUAAUAGCGAGCAUUGGUCUAGGUGGUGCUGACUCUGAUCUUUGGACAAGCUGCCAGUUGUUCGGAAAGCUUUUUUCAUUUGCAUUGAAUGAUACUGCUCUGGAUUGGAUAUGCCGUGAAGCUGCUUCCGCAGCUCACCAACCUGUUGAUACAGCUCCCCCUUCAGAUGACAGCCAGAUUCUAUGUGCCAAAGUAACAAAUGACACUAGCUUUGGUGGAACUGUGGCCGUAAUUGACGCGGCGGUUAAAGACACAAUCGUCGCGACUUCGAUUAUACGAAACCCCGAGGCAAUUCGGACGGCAAUUGAUUUCUGGGAAUCGAUACCGCGAGAUCAGAACGCCGUCGAAAAUGUUGCUUCAUUAUUAGUUUUGAAAAUCUUAUUGGCGGUUGUCAAGGCUUCAAGCGUCAACCUAUACCAAGUUCAUGAAACUGGCAUCCUCUCUCGGCUUUUGAUUGUGGCCUUUCACGAGAGCUCGAGUGUGAAUGAUGCCGAGAAAGAAGUCAUUUUAUCUCUCUGCAAGUCUCUGAUGUCUUUGGGGAUGAACAAGCUCACAGAUGCGCAAUACUUGUUGCUCAAUUCAUCACCCGACUCGUCCAACUUCUGCUUGGAUACGACCGACAAGUACGGUAGUCCUCCCUUCAUCCAGUUUGAUUUGUCUCUUCAUGGCCACUCCUCUAUUGAGUUGCCUAGUUUAGGUAGACCAUUUCCACCGCAAUCGUCGGCGGGAUACACAUUCACUGCCUGGUUCAAAGUGGACAAAUUCGAUCCAGCAUCCCAUACAACUCUUUUCGGGAUCUUUGAUUCAACGCAGACCUGCUUUCUUCUCGCCUACCUCGAAAAGGAUACCCGCAAUUUCAUAUUACAAACUUCAGUCACAUCACAGCGUCCAAGCGUUCGGUUCCGUGGUUUCGCUUUCCAGGAGAAUAAGUGGUAUCAUAUUGCUGUAGCUCACCGACGUCCAAAAACCAUGACAGCCAGUAAGGCGUCUUUAUACGUAAAUGGGGAAUUCAUUGAACAGCUACGCGCAUCAUACCCAUCGUUGCCACCCCCAUCCAAUACCAGCACCGAAAGCUUUGCUUCCUUCACCUCAAAUAAUCAUAAAACUCUUCCCAUACAGGCAUUUAUUGGGACUCCACGAGAGCUGUCCACACAUACUGGCGCUGGCCUUAUCCAGUCCAAAUGGUCUCUUGCCACUGCUCACCUGUUUGACGAUGUAUUGAGUGAAGAUUUCCUUGCUGUGCCCAGUCGGCUUGGUGUGCAUUAUCAGGGGAAUUUUCAGGAUUGCCUUGGUGGUUUCCAGACUUAUGCCGCAUCGGCAGCUCUGGGCUUACGUAACGAGCUUGUCAGCACAGGGAAAGAAGAAUCUGAUAUCAUGAAGGUUAUCAGAGACAGGGCAAGUCAUCUGAUCCCAGAGCAACACAUUCUGUAUAGCCUGAUGCCCUCGUCAAUAUUCCGUGAAAAGGAACAUUUUGGGGAGUCGCAGCUCUUUCGAUCCUUGUCUCGCGGCCCUGCUCACACAUUGGUACAAAUGGUGUUGAAGAACGGUACAGGUAUAGCAAUCAAUACUGCAAUGCCUUCUAUCAACGAUGCGCUCCUUCGAUCUAGUGGCGUGGCCAUACUGGCAGGUGACCCCAUGGUCGUUACUCCUCAAUUCUUUGAUGAUGCUUUAUGGCGUCUUGCUGGCUUUACCCCACUAGCUCUGAAACUGAUUGAGCGCGCUUCUUCAGCUGAGGCACUCGUUCGUGCUGUUGGUAUGGUAUUCCGUUGUAUCAACUCUAGCUGGCGCAACAGCGAAGCUAUGGAAAAAGAUGGCGGUUAUGCCAUUCUAGGUAUCCUUCUUAAGACCAAGCUGGGCUUUGUCGGACUUAGCAAUAGUACAGUGACAGAAAAGCUUAUACUCCAGCCUGCUGAAAGAGACAAGCUUGCACUGCAGCUUCUUAACCUUAUAUUAGGAUUUGUAGGGUAUAAUCAUAGAGAUCCCUUGGAGUCUGUUAUCAUUAACCCUCUUGCUUUCCGCCUCCUCUUAAUAGAUUUUGAUGCGUGGAGGAAAUGCAGUCCUGCUGUACAAGAGCUCUACUACAAGCAAUUUGUGACGUUUGCAGUCAAGAGCAAGUACCAUCAGCAUAACCACCGCAGGUUACUUCGCAUGAGAGUGGUGAAGAGGCUCCUUGAUGCCCUCAAGGCUGAUCCUCUUCCUGAGAGCAUUCUUCCCUUCUUUUUGGAUGGCAUUGAGCAGCUUGUAAGAUCUAGCUACAACACCGAAGUACAUCGUGCUAUAGCUCUUUUCAUAACAUAUGCUUUGCACUCGCCCGCUCGGUCGUUACCACGUACUCCGAAAACAGCCUCACACCUUGAUCAGUCAACUGGGAGCAUGAAACCGCGACGGUCUACGAUCAAUAACAAUAGAGCAGCUGAAGGUGCUGCAAGAGUACUCACAAAGAGAGAGAUUGGAGUUCGCCUCUUAAAUAUGUAUACCCAGUUGCUUUGUGAAAAGGGGAAUCACGCUAUCAUUCGCAAAUUUGCUAAGACGGUGACAAAUAAGUGGCUUUUGUAUCUUCUCACCGAGGACGACCCAGAGAUUGUUGUCUACGGAUCCAAAAUACUUGCACGGCUACUCGUAACGCAUGGCUCAGCUUACAUCAGUAAAUUCUCAAGCAGAACUGGCGGAUUUUGUAUAAUGUCUCACCGACUCAAGAGAUGGUGGGACAUCCCUACACUAUGGCCUAUUUGUUUCUGCAUCCUUUUUGGGUUUGAUGUUGCCGAGUUUAAUUUCGAUAAAGAUUUCGACUUCUUUAGUCUGAUUGAGACCUUUGGGACAUGUAAGAUUGUCACUCCUGAUGCUCUGCCAAUCAUUACAUCAAUGCUCCAACACGGCCUUAAAGAUGUGUUGAAGCACCAGGAAGACCCUAAUUCGCCGUUAACCGAUAUGGAUUUGAUGCGUCUAUCCUUGGCCGAAACGGAGUCUUCAGAUAUAAGGCCUCGACCGCGGUCAAUGUCGCUUCACAAAGAGUUGGAAUCACGACGUAUGCCUCAAACGGACUCUGACCGAAAUGCGGGCAAUGCGAAGGUUCUCCAGGCCGUGACUCGGUUCUUGGCAGACCUGCAUUCACGGUCAUCGGGUUUCAGAGACUUUGCACUAUCCUCUGAAUACGUGCGACUGCUCCUCUCUGCCCUAUAUCCUGCCAUCGUUAGUGUAGAUGCAGUGACCCCUGAGACGGAAUUGAAUUCUCGCGAUUCUGCGCUUACUUUUGAAGGCGCCGAUGUCAUCCUCCGUCCACUUGGCAUGUCAACUGCAGCACCAGUAAUACGAACAUCUAGUACUUCAGACGUGAAGGCAGUACGGCCUGGCGGUCGCUACAGUGCGACACAACUUCGAAAAGCAUCUUCAUUCGUGAUUUUGACUGCCCAAAAGUCUCCACAGCCCAGUCCUUCUCAUAUUGAGCAUAUAACAUUUCCCAAGAAGAAGGCGGUGACGCAGAAUAUUGGCCAUGGCAUACUCGAAGGAAUGCUGGAGCUUGUUAUUGACGUCUUUAUCGAUCAACUUUUUGUGCGGAAGGAUUUCCCUGGAUUCGGGCUUUUCCUAAAGGUGCCCCCAGGAUUUCAAGAACAUCAUGCGUAUUUUGAAUCAUACGUCCUCAAGAGCACCAUUGUUCAUACAGCAAGCAAGAUCAAGCUAGAUUGGAAAUUGUUGAAUGAGCCUAAGGUUCUCCUGAACAUGUCGCGGUUCUGCGUCCAUAUGGUCGAGGCAGUGUUCGAAGGUUGGUUCAUUAACGGCACCGAACCAAUGCUUGAUUUCGCUGGCAUGCUCCUUGAAUAUCUUCAGAAGCCUGAAGUGGCGAAGCUGAAAACAAUCCGAUUAUGUAGCCAAGCCGUAUCCUCGAUCCGCAGCUGUUUCUUGAGGCUCGUUAUUCUACGCCUCUCUGAAGUAAACGAUACACAAGCGACUAAUGCCGAAAUGGACUCCUCCAUGGACAAGAUACUAUAUUGGCAGAUGGUCGUUUUAGAAUCACUCUCUGUUGAUGAUGACUACAUGAGAUUGUUCUGGUAUCAACUCUACAAUAAGCUUGUGGACGAUCGGCAGACUGUUCGAUUGGUGGCUGUGAACAUAUGGCGUAUCAUGCUCGUACAAAAGCCCGAUGAAUGCGCUUCGCUCUUUCGACUCAUCAUGACCUCGGAACAGUCGCAACUAGUAGCGGAUUUUCAAAAGGUAACAGAAUUAGAUACUGACACAUUUGUGGCAUGGGUAGAUGAGCAUCGCCCUUCGCUGGAUGCACUCUUCCUUGGAGGCAUCUCUCGAACCUGGGAAGAGUUCGUUGCGACCGAGAACCAACGGACGACUGAGGGUGCUCGUUCAAGACUCAUGAGGCGCAAAGAAGUGCUUAGGCGGUGGCAUCUGGAGACGAAGGAACGGGACAGCACAAUUCUUCGACAUGACAUGGCCAACUCAGCAUGGAUGAAGUCCAUAUGGGCUUCGGAGCAUUUCAAACACCAGCGCGCAGGUCAAGACAAACAUGAUGACUACUCGUUUUUCUCAUCAUCAUAUUCUAAAAUGGAGAAGGAUUUGACCCGACCAGGGGCAGUGCUUUACACAUCCAAUUCCACGAAGUGGAAACUCGAUAGAAUCGAGGGUCGAAACCGUAUGCGCUUGAGGUUGCUGCCCGAUUCGUCGUCGAUCCAUGAAGAUUACCAGCCCAAACGACGAGGAACAGAUCAACAGUCGGCUUCAGCACUGAAGUCAAAUUCUCCGGUUCCCUCGAUAAGAACUGAGCACGCCACAAGCACUACUUUCUUGGACGGCCACCCAGGCGAACCUGGUGGUGAGGAGGCGAUAGAGGACAAUCAAUUCCCAGCGCAAAGCAACCAUGACCCUGACUCAGGGGACCCAAAUGUAGUACCAGACGAUGACUUCGAGUUAAUUGAUGAUCCCAACGAACCUAAUGAAGAAGAUUUCGAGGAUAAGAAUCGAAGAGUUAUGAGGCGCUUGCAACAAGGAGAUGCCGUUCAACAAGUCUAUAAUGUCUCUCGCAUCAUUGGGCUUGAUGCAUGUGAAGGGAUCUUACUUAUAGGGAAAAACGCCCUCUACAUCAUGGACAAUUUCUUCCAGUGUGCGGAUGGAGAGAUUGUAAAUGUGUGGGAGGCGCCAACACAAGAACGCGAUCUCUUCUCGCAGAUUAUCACUGGCACCAGGCCCCAUGACUGGCAAUCGUCCGAUAACCACACUGCCCAAUCAUCUCGUUCUUGGAACUGGCACGAUGUCAUUAGCCUUUCGAAACGUCGAUUCUUGUUUCGCGACGUCGCGAUUGAGAUUUUCUUCACGGAUGGUCGCAGCUAUCUUUUGACCACCAAAGACUUGGCAACCAGAGAUGAGGUGUUUUCUAGGUUGGCCUAUAAAACGCCUCAUACAGCCGGGCCCAAUUCUCUCCCCAACCCUGAAGACGCAUGGCGUCUAGAGUCCUUAAAAAUGUUCGAAGAAUCGCCACAGACAUUCGGGUCCAAAUUUGGCAACAUCUUCAACUCUUCACCUUGGAACCCAAUCAUGCGACGAUGGCAACGGGGAGAGAUCUCCAACUUUCACUAUCUUAUGCUUGUCAAUACCAUGGCCGGCCGGACUUUCAAUGACCUCACUCAAUAUCCUGUUUUUCCGUGGAUUCUAGCGGACUAUACUAGUGAUGAGCUAAAUCUAGAAGACCCGGCAACAUUUCGUGACCUGUCAAAGCCGAUGGGUGCGCAAACCGCCCGGCGACAGGCCGACUAUAGUGCGCGGUACGCAAGUCUUGCUGAAAUAGGAGAAUCCCCUUUCCACUACGGAACUCACUACUCAUCAGCUAUGAUUGUGGCCUCAUACUUGAUUCGCUUACCGCCAUUUGUGCAUUCCUACAUUCUCUUACAAGGUGGUAACUUUGAUCACGCUGACCGGUUGUUCUUCUCUAUCGAGGGAUCAUGGAAAUCUGCAUCUCAAGAUAACGGCUCAGAUGUUCGAGAACUGAUACCAGAAUUCUUCUGUUUACCAGAGUUCCUGACUAACGUCAAUGGCUACAACUUUGGUAACCGCCAGGGGAAAGGUGGGCAGGUGAACGAUGUCCAAUUACCGCCCUGGGCUAAAGGUGAUCCGAAAAUCUUCAUUGCCAAGCACCGUGAGGCUCUAGAGUCGCCCUAUGUCAGUCAGAAUCUACAUCAAUGGAUUGAUUUGGUCUUUGGUAAUAAACAGCGGGGCGAGGCAGCAAUUGAGAAUCUCAACGUAUUCCACCAUCUAUCAUAUUACGGAGCCAAAGACCUCGACAAUAUAGCGGAUUCUGAGGAGAGACAUGCAACGACUAGUAUCAUUCACAAUUUUGGCCAGACACCCCAUCAGGUCUUUGCCAAACCCCAUCCUCCACGGGAAAACACAUCAUUCCCUGCUAAAAGGCUAGAUACUUCCUGUUAUGCGUUAUCUAGAAUCCCCCACCCGCUUCUCGAGAGCAGGGAAAGGGUAGCAUGUCUUAUCUAUGCAUCCAAGCUAGACAGACUGCUUUGUUCAUCUCCCUUUCGGCUUAACCUACCUCCUUCAUACGACAAAUACCUAGAGUGGGGAUAUGCAGAUAACAGUGUCCGGUUCUUUUCAAGCGAAAACAGAAAGAGCGCUGGCGUUAGUGAGAAUCUCCAUAUUGGACAGAUCUCAUGUGUUGUCAUUGCAGAUUCCAAGACCCUUAUCACUGCUGGCGAGGACUGUGUGGUAUCUGUUUUCACCAUACUCAGUCAUCCCGGCAAGCCAGUCGAGCUUCUACACCGGUCAUCCCUCUUCGGACACAAGUCCCCCGUGACUACAAUCGCCGUGUCGAAAGCGUUCAGCACGAUCGUCACCAUCUCUGGGGAUGGGCACGCCUUUCUAUGGGAUCUGAACAGAUUAGAGUUCAUUCGCAAGUUACCCAACACUCGCUUCGUGGAGUGCGCCUCCAUCAAUGAUGUCUCGGGAGAGAUCAUGCUCUGCUCUGGCCCCAACGUUACUCUGUACACACUCAACGGGGAGCUCGUCCUCGAUCAGAAUGUCUGCAUGGAACAUGAUGAUUACGUGUAUUCGUGCGCAUUCUACGAGGGCUCGGGGAAUGAAUGGUUGGAAAGCUAUCUUGUUUUCACGGGCCAUAGGAGAGGCCGGGUGAAUAUCUGGAAGCGCUCGAUUAGAAAUGGGAAAUGGAUCCUAGAAUUGGUGCGACGACUCGAUCACAUUGAUCCGAGAAGCGAGACUGGCGCCAACACGGAAGCUGCUAUAACGUGCAUCACGCCCAUGCCGCAGUUGGUGUAUACGGGGGAUGAUGAUGGAAGAGUGUACGAAUGGACCUUGAUACACAGGGAGAGGUAGAGCCUUUCGCUGUGGAACGGUGCUAUGAUUCUACAUACUAGGCCGAGAGCGAGGAGUGUGGGUUCGUAGAUCUGUAUAUGGACUGGGGGUUUAAAUAGUUAUAUCAUGGGACAAGGACGAGUGGGGUGCUUUAGAUAGUGCUGGUGGUAUUAUCAUGAUGCAAGAUAGCAUGAUGUAAGAAAAAUAAAGAAACUUGAGAGGUCUAUAGGAUAGAUUCAGACAAACAAAUAAAAGAAAACAGGGGAAAUGAAUGGAUUUCUCUUGGUAUUGCGGUAUAGUGAAACGCUGUUCAUAUAGGGUUUCAGCCAGAAG